AAACCCCACAAACCCAUCUUUCAAUCUUCUCUCUGUGUCCCUGAAACAGCCACAAAGAAAUAGACAAACACAAAGGAACAAUUAAGUUGAGAAACAUGGAGAGCAGUGACACAUACACCCCCACUUCCUCUGCCCCACUUUCUCAAUCUCCUACUUCUUCUUCUUCUUCACCCCCACCACCUCCUCAAGUUCCUCAAGUUGUCAUGAGCCCUUGUGCUGCAUGCAAGAUUUUGAGGCGAAGAUGUGCUGAAAAAUGUGUAUUGGCACCAUAUUUUCCUCCCACUGAACCUGCCAAGUUUACCAUCGCACACCGUGUCUUUGGUGCCAGCAACAUUAUCAAGUUCUUACAGGAACUUCCGGAGUCUCAGAGAGCUGAUGCAGUGACCAGUAUGGUUUAUGAGGCUAGUGCAAGAAUAAGAGACCCUGUUUAUGGUUGUGCGGGUGCAAUUUGCCAGCUCCAAACACAGGUCAAUGAGCUUCAAGCACAAUUAGCCAAGGCACAAGCUGAGCUUGUAAACAUGCAAUUACAACAAGCCAAUCUUGUUGCUCUAAUUUGCAUGGAAAUGGCACAAAGUCCACAAGAAUCAUCACCACAACAAUCAGUGGAUAAUUUCAUUUCAAGUCCUCCACAUAGCAGCGGCUACCAAAGUGGCAUGAACUUCUUUGAGGAGAACAAUAGCCUCAACUCAUUAUGGGAGCCUCUUUGGACAUGAAGGAGAACCAUAUAAUAUAUAAAUAAUAAUUAAAUAUAGCAUAUAGUUAGACAUUCACAAAGUGCAUUUUCCAAUUAUUAUCUCCUAAGGAGAAGUUCAAGGAAUCAAUUUGAAUUAAUAAAAAUUAAUUCUAGCUAGGAUUUAUGCAAUUAGGUUAAUUCCCCGCAUAAUGAAAAUUUUGUAGGGAAAAAAAAUGCGAUUUAGUAUCUAGUCUCUUCGUGCAAGCAAGGAGAACAUCAUCAAGAAGGCCUUCCAGUGGAUCUUUUGAGCAUGUUGAUUCCUAAAUGUAUGUACCAAAAAGAAAUUGUUAGGAGAUGUUGUAUUCACUUUUCUUUUCUUUUUUUAUAAUUUUGAAACACCAAAAAUAUUGCGGAAAAUAUCAUAUCCUAGAACUAGUAGAUGGGAUGGGGUUUUACUCAAUGUAGUAUUUGCAAUUGAAGAGAAAGGAAAAAGUUAUG